AUGGCAGCUUUUACCGACCGCUCGGACUGGCACACGCUGUCUCUCUCCAUUCCUUUCCCAAACGCCGACAAUGCGACUCUCGUGAAGCGCGUGAUCGAGGUGGACAGGGUGCUACGGCCGUCAGAGCUGUCGCGGGAACUAUCGGUCGAGGGGAGCGAUCUCAAAGCCACUCUGCGGGCAGCGACUGUUGCACAAGCACGUGUUGCACUUGACCACCUCUUCUCCGACAUCCAGCUCGUCGUGCAGACAAUGCACAAGUUUGGUCCACCUGAAGUGGUUGGGCAGAAGGUGGAGAAGGCUGCACCAGAUGCGACGUCGCUGGAGGUUGGAAUGAUGGGCAGCUGGGAGGGCGUCAAGCAGUGA